GAAUUAUCUAUUGUCUAAGAUUAUUAUCAAUGACGAUGCAUAGAAAAAUAAUGAUGUAUUGACAAUGUUAAUGCAGGUCGUGUAUCAUGUUAAGCGCGUAGAGUAUAUCGCAAUAUCAAGAUAAAUUUUUCUAUGUCCAAAUUCGUAGUGAUAUUUUUCAAAACGGAAUAUAUAGGGCACAAGAUCUAAAGCAAUAAACGUAGGAAAUGCGAGGAAAGUUGAGGAAUAGAUAUCAAAACGUAAGGCGGAUAAUAUUUCAGAACAUUUCCCCACGUUUUCUCAAGCAAUUCUAAAGCAUUUCUGGCCCGAGGCAAAGGGAAGACUUUCUCAAUGGCUUUUAUUUCACAAUUUGUUGGCGUUGAAUACCAGCGAAAGUUGUUGAGAAAUUCAGCUCAGUGAACGCGCGAAAACAUAUUUCUCUUUUCAGAUCGUAAAAAAAAAAUAAAAUAAAUAUAAAAAUUCCUUCAAAAUGACAAUAUUAGUGUUAUGAGAAUAGUGACUCAACGAAAGUGAAAUAGAUAAAUCAGUGAUCAAUGCCCUAGCUUCUACAGAGAAAUUUAGAAAAAAAAAGUAAGCCCGUAUCCCUCAAACACAUACAGAGAGGACCAACCCGAAGGCGAGAGAAAAAAAAUACGGUCCUACUGCAGCCUUUCCCUUCUCGUCCGCCUGCCGCCGCCAUGGGUGUCAUGGUGAAGGCCUCCUCCCUCCUGGCGGUGCUCCUGGCCGUCAUAGCCUCUUCAGGAGCUGUCCAAAAGUCCUAUUUCUACAACUUCGGUCAAGCCGCGGGGGAUACGAGCCUCCCUCCUUUCGACGAUAUUUCAUCUCCGGAAAUCAGUCUAAGAGUGCCCAUCAUCUUCUUUGAUCAAGUCUACAAUUCCAUAUUUGUCAACAGCAAUGGCUUCGUCUCCUUCUUGACGGAAAUCCCUCAGUUCUUCAACAUCCAGUUCCCUCUCGAGUAUCCUAUGAUCGCGCCUCUCUACUCCGAUGUGGACGCCCGCGAGGCUGGGGAUAUUUGGUACAGAGAAACUUCCGACCCGACGACGGUGUCUCGAGUCACGCGCGAACUUCGGGAGCAGUUCAGCAGCGCCAAGGACUUCACUCCCACGGGCGUCUUCAUCGUGACCUGGGACGGCGUCGGGCCCUUCAGCCAGCGCAAGGACAGGAUCAACACCUACCAGCUGGUGAUCGCCACUGACGGCAAAGACUCGUACGUUAUGUUCCACUACGCCGAGGGAGGUAUCCAGUGGCUUCAGGGCGACGGCAAGAACCCCAGUAUGCCCGAUGCCAGGUGCCAAGCCGGCCUCAUCUCAGGGGAUGGCCGAUUUACCACUCUCAAGGGGUCAGGUACCGACCAAGUCAGGAAUUUAGACAAAUGGAGCAACAGCGGCACCCCCGGCGUGUGGAUGUUCCGCGUGGGCCAGCUCUCUCUCGACCAGACCGUGUUCCCCCCCGACCUCGGCUCUCCCGACACGAGUGAUACUCAAGCGGAGGACGAGCCCGGUUCGUGUGCCUUGCAUGGCUCCGUCUGCCACUCCCACUCCGAGUGCACUGACUACACUCCGGGCUUCUGUUGCAGCUGCGUUGACUCCUAUUUUGGCAACGGGCUCAACUGUCUCAAGAAGGACGAGCCCCUCCGCGUGACGGGCAAAGUCUUGGGCAAAAUCAACGGCGUGGAUCUCAAGGACGCUGAUCUCCACUCGUACGUGCUGACCGCUGAGGGCCGUACGUACACGGCCAUCUCCCGCGUGCCUUCGGAAAUCGGCUACGACAUCCAGAGUAUGACGGCCCUGGGCGUGGGCGUGGCGUGGCUCUUCGCUAAGUCCGUAGGGAAAGCGCCCAAUGGCUUCUCCGUCACAGGUGCAAACUUUAACCGAACCACCGAUGUCAACUUCCCUCAGACAGGCCAUCACGUGAUCGUUCAGCAACACUUCAUGGGCUUGGACGUCUUCAACAACAUCCAGGUGAAGACGACCAUCACGGGAUCGAUUCCCACGGUUCCACUGGGCUCUAAGAUCGAAAUGGAUGCCUUCAACGAGGAGUAUACCAGGGUGAAGCCAGGUCAGCUACGAGCGAGGUCAAGCCGGGUCUUCCGCCUCAAAGGUCAAACGAUAGACACUCCCUUCAGCGUGGAAACCACUUUGGACUAUGACGAGUGUGACUGGAAACCUCGGACGCCUGAGGAGGAUGAGACUAUUCGACUGAAGGUGGCGGAGAACAUCUUCAUUCAGUAUGACGCACCAGAACAGAUCGUUCGUUAUGCUCUCUCUGCAAAAGUUGCUCCGCUCGAUGAACCCGACCCUUGUGUAGAAGGGCGGAGGGCGUGUGGGCAGAACAGCCAAUGCGUCGUUGAUGGAGAUAACUAUAGGUGUGUCUGCGAGCGAGGAUAUGAGGAAGUCUACGAUUCAACAAUCAACAAAGCCAUAUGUCUGGAUAUCAACGAGUGCAACACAGGCCGUGACAACUGCCAUGCCGAUGCCUUCUGCGUCAACAAUCCCGGCGGAUUCUCUUGUUCUUGCAAAGAGGGAUUCGUGGGCAACGGAGUCGAAUGUCGGAGAGAAGCGAGCUGCGGCAGCAUUCCCUGUGACCCUAGUGCUGUGUGUGACCUGAGAGGACCUACACCGCGCUGUGUGUGUCGACCUGGCUACGUCGGAGAUGGAUUCGUGUGCACUCUGGAUCAAGGCGAGAGUCUAAUCGACCAACAGCGGGACUGCAUCGACGCCGACAUCUGCAGUCUUUACGCCGACUGCCUCUACGACGACAAAGUUCGCGGAUUCCGUUGUGUCUGCGCCGCCGGAUACUCAGGGGACGGACUCACCUGCACAAGGGAGAGAACGGCAGAGGGCUGCGAGACCUCCGCCGACUGCUCGGCCGAUGCAACUUGCAACGAGACUCCGGAGGGCAAGAGGUGUGAGUGCCAGCCAGGAUUUUCCGGCGAUGGAUACAUCUGCAACGACCAACAGCUGUCUCCAUACCAACCCGAGGUACCCUACCAGCCGUACCAACCUCAAGACCCGUACCAACCUCAAGACCCGUACCAACCUCAAGACCCGUACCAACCCCUCGAUCCAUAUGCGCAGGGUGAACAUAAGCAGCCGUACCAACCUUACCAGCCGGAGCAGCCGUACCAACCCUACCAGCCUGAACGUCCGUACCAACCUUACCAACCGGAGCAACCAUACCAACCACAGGAACCACAACAACCAUUAGAUGCUGGAGAGACUCCCGAGCCCGAGUGCCUCUUUGGUGUGUGUUGGUGCCCGGAUACCUACCAAUACGACAAAGACAGGAACUUGUGCGUUGCUGGGGACACCUCGGUAUCUCAGUCCGCCUCCCAAUAUCCAGAGAGUUACGGCCCCAAACCCCAUUGUAGCGCAGCGAAGUGCGUGUGUCCAGAAGGCUACAGCUAUAGCCCCAUUUUCGAGACCUGUGAACCGGACGAGAUCGAAGCACGGCCACUCCCGUCCUGUUUCCUGGGCAGAUGUAGGUGUACUAAAGGCUAUACCUACGACGACCACUACCACCACUGUCAGCCAGACCACACGCCAGGCUACGACUACUCCAUCAAGGGUGGAGGACGGAGGGGUAAUGUCCUUUUGUAUGAAGUGGCAGUUUUCACGAGGCGCCCGUGUUGUUUUCCCAGAGUCCACUUCACUUCACGCCGUCACUUAACCACAACAGAAGCACGGCCACUCCCGUCCUGUUUCCUGGGCAGAUGUAGGUGUACUAAAGGCUAUACCUACGACGACCACUACCACCACUGUCAGCCAGACCACACGCCAGGCUACGACUACUCCAUCAAGGGUGGAGGACGGAGGGUCCCAUGCAACAAGGUUAAUAAGUGCCACAGCAAUGCACAGUGUAUCUACGAUGGGUACAGUGAGCAGUAUAGGUGUCAGUGUAACGCUGGCUAUGACGGUGACGGCUACUAUUGUAACGAACUGGAUGUAUCCUGCGACACGGUGGAUAUUUGCCACAUCCAUGCUCAGUGUGUCUAUGAUGACUACGAGCUCAAACACGUGUGCGUGUGUCUACCGGGUUACCAGGGCGACGGAUUGGUAUGCACUCCACUAGAUCAGUGUAGCAGUGUCCAGGACUGUGAUGUCAACGCUCAGUGCCUCUAUGACAGUGCCAGUAGACGGUACAAGUGCCAGUGCAAUGAGGGGUAUGAGGGAGAUGGCACUUCUUGUUCUCCCAGAAGAGAGGCAAGUUGCAAUAUCAUCAAUAACUGCGACGUCAAUGCUGAGUGUAUCUAUGACUCGUAUGCACUGGCUUACCGGUGCCAAUGCCGCUCUGGCUUCGAAGGAGAUGGCACCUUCUGUACAGCCACUGAGGUGGGUUGCAACGUGGUCUAUAAUUGCGGCGACAAUGCAGAGUGUGCAUAUGACAUCAACGUCUCCGGGUACAGGUGUUCUUGCAGAGAGGGUUUCGAAGGCGAUGGCUACUUCUGCCGAUCGUCCAGGUCAUGCCAGGUCGAGCCGUCGGUAUGCCACCCUCAGGCCUCGUGUAUGCCCGACGCCCUCUCCCCCUUCGGCUACUCAUGCAGGUGUCGUAGUGGCUACACUGGAGACGGAUAUAACUGCCAAGGAGCGGACGUGGACUGCUUGCAAGGAAAGUACUACUGGACGGAUGUUGGCUCGGCGUCUAUCAGGUCAUCGAAGUACGACGGUUCGGAGCGAAAGCCGGUCGUGUCGGGAGUUGAUAUCGGUUCACCUGAAGACGUAGCAGUUGACUGGAUCUCAGGAAACGUUUACUGGACUGAUUCAGUGAACGACGUCGUCGCUGUGGCAUCUAUUGAAACAGGAAAACGCAAGACGAUUAUUGAAAGUGGCCUGGUCAAUCCUCGAGGCAUUGCUGUGCACCCAGGUCGUGGCCUCCUGUUCUGGAGCGACUGGAACCGCUUCGGACCCAAGAUCGAGGUUUCGGGUCUGGACGGGUCGAACCGCCGGGUCCUCGUGGAAAGGGACAUCUCGCUCCCGAAUUCCCUCGUGGUGGACUACGACACGCAGACUCUGUGCUGGGCCGACGCGGGGACGCACAAGAUCGAGUGCAUCGGCGUGGAGGGCAAUGGGCGGCGCACGGUGAUGGAGGGGGCGCUUUACCCCUUCGGCCUCACUAUCCUGGGUCAGGACUUCUUCUAUACGGAUUGGAACGACACGAGGAUCCACGUCGUGAACAGAUAUUCCGGCAUCGAGUCUCCCUCUCGCCCCCCUCCCCCCGGUGGCUCAGGGAGGCUGUAUGGCAUCGCGGCCGUUCCUCACGCUUGUCCUCCAGUGUCUAACGUCUGCGGAGUGAGUCAUGGCAACUGCCCUGCUACCCACCUGUGCCUGCCCAAUGGCCGUGGUGGGCGUACGUGUGCUUGUACGACCCACCCACCUAGUGGCGAAGACGACCAGUGUGUCGACUACAACUAUUAAGUAUCUUCCAGGUUCCAGCUGUUGAACGAGGUGACGCUAGCAACUCCGACUGUUUGUAAGCGUCGACUCUCGUUUGAAACAAGAAAUUGAAAACAAGAACAUGAAAUAAUAGUUUCUUUUAUACAGUGACCAAGAUGUUAUUUGCACAGAUGGACGUUGAAAAGAAAUAUAGUUGUACCAUGGAUAUUUAGUGAUUUUUUUUUUGAGGGACUAAAUUGAACUGCAAUGUUUUUUUUGUUUUUUUUUGGGGGGGGGGAGUGUCUUGCAAAUAUUGAGAAUGUGUUAAUUAAGGAAUCAAUUAUUUUCUGGGCUAAUGGACUAUGCAUACAGAUCUAGAUCUUAUAUAUCAGGUUGUGAUUCAGAAAAAAAACUUUUAUCUUUGAAAGAAAAUAAAAUGUUAAAAAUAAUUUUUUAUUUCUGGUUAAGGGAUAAGUGUUAGUUCUGAGAAGCCAAUAGAAGUUAAUUCUGUAAUCAUUUAUCUGUUCAUCUUAUUAUUCGCGUUUUUAAGAAUACUAAGAAAGAACAACAUAACUUGGAAUAAUAUAUUUCACAGCUGAGAGAGUGUUCAUAUUUCCGUUAGACCUAUUUAAUUGAACAACGAUUGACAAUUGUGAAAGUAAAUUCAAACACUGCCAACAUAGAACAAACCAUUUGAACAUUGAACAUUUCCCUUAUAAUGGAUUAGAAACAAUAGAUGAGGAACAAAGAUUUAGGACAAAAAGUUUUACAUGUGUUCAAUAUGUAUUAGAAUAUUAAUCUUAAGGCCCACCUUUUGUUUUUUGCCGUUUGUAGAUAAAGGUUGGAAUGAGAAUGCUUAAUUCCAGUUUGAGAAAUAUUUAAUUGACUUUUCGAUAAUCACAUCAGAUUGAAUGUCGAAAAUGCCAGUGACGUAUUUUUUUUCGUUAUGGAAUUAAAUUUCUGAUUUUUAAUCCUUAUUGUUUUAUAUGUCUUUUUUUCCGCCGUAUGUUUACGCCCUAAAAGUGGUGCAGUUCUUAAUGUUGAAUUUCGUGGGAACAUGUUGAUGUUUGUGAAGUCUUCCUUUUAUUGUCGUACUGUAAAAUUAAUUCUAAAAUAAAAAUAAUGUUGCAUUACUAUUAGAGUACUGUAAAUGUAUUGAAGUUGAAACUAUGGACCUGUUUGCUAAUAAUUAAACGGCUGUACAAGCUAU